CAAUAUUCAGAUAUUUUGUGGACAUCAUGGCUUUAGCAGCGAAUCUACUGAUUUUUGUGAUUACUCUUGGAUUGAGCUCGGCAUUGCCAACGGGAAGUCUUCCUGGGGAUCGAGAAACGCCGCAGAUCAACUUCAUUGAAGCUGUUGAUGAGGAAUAUCAUCGCAAAGAAAUUUAUGAGAGAGUUAAAUCAUGGACUCCAGAAGACAAGGAGAACGUUUGGGAGUUGAGUGGACUCCUCGAGGGAGACAUAAUGCCAAAUCCCCAAAAGAACGGUCUCCUCGACGAGGCCAAGAGGUGGCCCAAUGGCAUCGUUCCCUUCUACAUUCAAGAGGACGACUUUGAUGAGAACGAUAUUGCGACGAUUAAGGCCGCCAUCGAGGAGUAUCACGAAAAAACCUGCUUGCGAUUCAAAGCCUACAAUAAAUCCGACGAGGACUACGUAGUUUUCCAAGGAAAUGCACCGGGAUGUUGGUCAUCCGUGGGAAGACAGGGAAAAGGUCAAGUUAUAAAUUUGCAAAAUCCAGGUUGCGUUAAACACGGAACUAUUAUUCAUGAAAUGCUUCAUGCCGUUGGAUUUUAUCAUCAGCAGAGCAGCUUUGAUAGGGAUGAUUAUGUUGAAAUUGUUUGGGACAACAUUUCGAAAGGAAAAGAGCAUAAUUUCAAUAAAUAUAACAACAAAGUUGUAACUGAUUACGGAGUGGGUUACGAUUACGGAAGUGUAAUGCACUACAGUGGAAAAGCAUUUACAUCGAAUGGAAAAGCCACGAUUGUUCCACUGAAAGAGGGAGCGACUAUCGGACAGCGCAACGGCUUCAGCAAGAAGGACAUAACAAAACUACAGGCUAUGUACAAGGAAGAGUGCAGAAUACGAGAUGAAAAAGAAAAGAGCAGUGAGUCUGACGAUAAUGCUCUGAACUGGAUAUUAUCAUGAAUCUUCUUAAUUAAAUUAACAAAUAACAAAUUGACUGAUACUGAUUCUAUAAUAGCUUUGUAAAAAUUCACCUAAUUAAGACUACUAAUUAUUAUAAAAUAAGUAAUUUAACGUAUUAAAUUACAUGAUAAGACAAUUAACCCAUCGUACGUAAUAAAUUAAAUUUUAAUCCAUU